AUGAUACUCCCUGGUCGCUCACUCAUUACCCGCCAAAUCAUCGCUGGCACGAUAUCCCCCACGGUGCAAAGCCAACCUUGUGGUGUCGACUUGACACUCAAAAAGGUCCUCACUUGGGUGUCUCCCGGGUCGAUAGACUUCGAUAACAGCCUUCGCCGGACGGCCAUGACCAAAGAGAUCAUAUUUCAAAUUCCCACAAAAAACGCCCCCUCGCAAUCUAUUCUGCAUCAUAGCAUCCAUCUCGCUUUAGGCUCCUAUCUGGUCGAAUUCAGCGAACGCGUCUCGGUUCCUCUGGACACCAUGGGUCAACUUUUUGUCCGCAGCUCGCUGUUCCGAUCCGGAGCGUUACUUAGUGCUGGUGUGAUGGAUAGCGGGUAUGAAGGUGCUGUGGGGGCCUUAUUGCAAGUUGUCAACCCUUCAGGCCUCCAGCUUUACAAAAAUGCGAGGCUUGCUCAGUUCGUCUUCCACCAAAUGAGUGAGCCCGUGAAAGGAUACGACGGAGCGUAUCAGGGGAGCCCGUCGAUUCUUGGAACUGGUUCCAAUAAUUGA